AUGGGACCAGCACAUGAGAUGGAUGCCCUCCUGGAGGACUGGCCUGGUGGGAGACAGGGAGGAGCGUCUGCAGACAGGGGAGCUGCAGGUCUCCCAAAGGCCAUGGUGAGCCUCCAGCCCCCCUGGGUCAAUGUGCUCGAGGAGGACAACGUGACUCUGAGCUGCCAGGGGGCCCACAGCCCUGGGGACCACUCCACCCUGUGGUUCCGUGAUGGGACCCCCCUCCUGACCCAGGUCCAGCCCAGCUACAGCUUCAAGGCCAGCAGCAAAGACAGCGGGGACUACACGUGCCAGACCGGCCAGGCCAGCCUCAGCGACCCUGUGCAUCUGGAUGUGACUUCCGCCUGGCUGCUGCUCCAGACCCCUCGCCUGGUGUUCCAGGAGGGAGACACCAUUGUGCUGAGGUGCCACAGCUGGAAGAACUGGCGUCUGUACAAGAUUACAUUCUUCCAGGAUGAAAAACCCAAGUGGUUUUCCCAUGCAAAUUCCAGCUUCUUCAUCCCACAAGCAAAUGUCAGUCACAGCGGCGAGUACCACUGCUCGGGAUUCAUAGGGCAGAUGUCACACUCAUCACGGCCUGUGAGCAUCACUGUCCAAGGUCCUGGGGUUCCAUCCAUCUCGCUGGUCUUUCCACCAUGGCCCCAAAUUGCAUUCUGCCUGAUGAUGGGACUCCUGUUUGCAGUGGACACAGGGCUGUAUUUCUUUGUGCAGAAAGAACUUCAAAGCUCAAUGGGGGACUGGAGGGAUGACAAAGUCACAUGGAGCAAGAGAUCUGAGGACAAAUGACCCCUCAUCCCCUGCAUAAGAACUACAGCGCUUCUUCAGGCCAGCCCUCCCCCCCUCCCCCACCCCUCCUGGACGGCAAACGGGCAAAGGGGUCUGGGGAAAGGAAGGGCCUAUAAGCUCCAGAGAAGCUCCACUAGGCUCGCCCUCACUGACGUCCUGGCGGUCCAGCUCUGAGGACUGACAGCAAAUGUGUUCUCGCAGAUCCUAGACAGAGGCUCCUCAAGGAUACGAAAGCUCACUAAAUUCUGCUUCUACUUUCAAAACAAACCCAGCACUCUGCCCAUUUCUUUGCGCUGGCCCCUUGGUCCCAGCUGCCACCGGCUCACUUGCACUGCCACAUCCUCCUCCUCAAAGGUCUGUUCUCACCACAACCACCAGAGCAAUCUUUUAAAAAUGUAUUUU